CUACGAGACAUAGACGGGCUCCAGGCCUAUGCGUAUGGGCAAUGAGUUGUGUUCCGAGUUGGAGAGGACGAUGAAACGAUACUAGAACUAAAAAUGCAGGAACCGGAACCGCAGGGUGCCCUCAUAGUGACGCCCCCCCAGGCCCAAGCAGAUAGGUCUUCUUUGACAAAACUACAGAUGCUUGGACGAGUUAUUCCGCUUUCUUCAGAUUCACCAUGUCGACUUGGGAUUGUUGUGUAAAUAAAAUGAGUAGCGCUGUAGGAGUAGCUCUUUAUUGAUAUAACGAAAAGGAAAAUGACGAAGGCCUCCGACGCAAUGUCGACGUCUUGUCGCGGUUCUUCUUCGACCGCAGUUUCUCGGUCGGAACCAAGAGAGCGGUAUGUCUACGACGCAGCCAUCAUCGAAUCCUGGGAUCAAGAGACGUCCUUACGCAUAGCCCCUUACUCAGGACGGUUUUCGCACUUGUCUCAAAAGGGUGUUUUCAUGGGUGACGAUGUCCUGGACGGAUUUACAUCUAGUGAACUUUUGGCAGCUCAUCGAGAAUUGAUGUUUAGAAAUGCAAAUGGUGCUGGAGCUACUAGUGUGGCAAAUAAUAGAAGAAAGUGCCCUGUGAAUGUUGGAACAAGUGGUGCUAGCUGUAGGUCUUCUACAACUUCUACAACGUCAACAUCUACAACAUCAACAUCUUCUUCAACUCCAGCCCCCGUCCUUGCUUUAUUCCAAGAUGCCGCCAAAAACUCACCUUCGUGGCUCGAUUGGGACAGAUUUAAGGGAGGUCAAGAUUUGUGGCGAUAUAAGCAUCAUCUGCGUGGGAACUUGGGUGCUCAGAUGGCCCUUUUUGCAGGAUUCGUUAUAGCGAGAUUUGGGGAAGUUCUCCUUCGGUCUGGUUACGCCAGGGACAGCCACAUAGCUGGAAAACGCUACACGGAUACGGCGUUUAUCGUGUCGGAUUGGUUUCGAUUGAGGAGGGAGACGAGAGGAGGAGAAGUUGGUGAUGAAGAUGAGAAUACCAAUACGAGCAAACGGGUACUAGACGAGUCUGAUCAUGCAGGUGCCAAUACGACCCUUGACCACGACGCGCGCGACGCUAUUGACACGAGUUGCCCACUUCUACGAUCAAUUUUCAACGUUCGUGUCAUGCACGCAUUGGCCCGGAAAGCAUCCAGAAACCUCUUUGACGAGAAAACUGAGGGCAUACCUCUCAGCCAAUCCGAUAUGGUGGAGGUAUUACUCGGGUUUACCGCAGUUCCCUUUUUCAUCAUCGAAAAAGAGUUUGGAAUUGAAUGGCGAGAACUGUUUGGAGAACGAGAAGUGAUGUCGCGAAAUGGUAGUAUUACAGCAGGAGCUGGUACCGUAGUUUCAAGGCGGGGGAUAGACGGUGGAGCAGCUGAUACGAAGUCGUCGAAUAAGACACUCCACCAGGCGCAUUUCGAUGGUCAAACGGCAUCAAAGCACGAAGUAGAAGACCAAACUGUUGUCGAUGAAGUAGAUCGUCACAGGAAAUUCAAAACCCCCGCUAAAGUGGGUAAUAAAGCCUCAGCACUGGGAAUUUCCGAGAACAACAAGAAAAUGCCAGAAAUCAACGCGGACGAACUUUUGGUGAGCACGCCAAGCACAGUCUCAACUGCUUCGGGUAGUACUAGUAGUCCACAAGAAUCUGACGAUCCACUAUCACGAACCAACUUCUAUGAAGUAGAAGAUGUACAACCUCAGCUUACUCAUCAAAGAUUAUCUGCGACUCCUUCUUUGUCGUGCUCCUCAUCUCCUCUGACGUCAUCGAUCGACUCGAUUUUUGCAGACAAUACAGAAGAUGAAGUACAACACUCUGGCGGAGGCUUGCGAGAACGCCGGUGCACUUCUACUGAAACUGAUCAAGGACAAGAACAGUCAUCUUCUACUCCAGCACAGUCAUCUUCUGCUGCAUCAGCACUCGCUGUAAAUAUUAAUAAAGAUCAACAGGAGCUCCGCGAACAAGGCGAGCAUCAUGAUCAGAAACCAGAACAGGAUAGAGCAGUAGCUCAAGAACGUGAUCAAGAGGAACAAAUUUUAAUGGAACAUCAAGAACGGGAUUCAGAUCCAAUCAUUCCCCUUUCCGAGAAACGGGAGAUGAUUUAUACUUGGCGUGUAAUCGCAUUUUUUCUCGGCAUCCGAGACGAAUAUAAUGUCUGCGAAUCAGUGGAAAAGAUGGAAGAAUUUUUUCAGGAACAUUUCAUGCCUUUUACGUUGCGUCGUUUCGCCACCUGUCGGAUCUCAACAACAGAAAAGCUCCGUCGUACGGCAAUAGAAGGCUUGGGUUGGCAGACUGGUGCUGGCGCUACGUUUUUCAAAGCACUUUUUGAAAUAGGAAUGCUGCACAGUCGACAUUACGAUUUUUCGCCUUACGCUGAAAGGAAUCUACUUUGCACAGAAAAAAUGACGACGUUGAAUAGGGCUGCGUGGUUGCUGUCCUUUUUUAGAACGAAAAUGAACUCGUGGACACAGCCAGCAGUCGUGAAAAAUUCUUCCACUACAGCACCAACAACAACAGCUUCUUCUUCUCCUGUCAUUCACGCUAUCGCCUUGAUGGUUUUGCGGAUGGGCCUCGGGAGCAACUGGGUCAAUGGAAACUUCAUCAUCCGCAAGUUAGCAGAUGGUGUGAGAGAUUGGAACUCGUUAGGCCCUAGAAUGGAUAAAGUGCGCGUUUUAAUCCACUACGCAAUCGCAAUCUACAUCAUGGAUCUCGUGGUGUGGAAUAUGAUGGCUCUAGUGGUGGAGAUGUUUGUUUAGAAUGAGGAUUUUGAUCUGUUGAUAUCCACCAGAAGGUGUGUAACCGUGGUCGAGCCACGAUAGCAUGUCUAGAUACGCCUUGGCGUUAAUCUACUUCUCUGGUAAACUGUUGAUCGAAGACAUCUUUCAUAUCCUCUUGAAACCGAGCAAGAUCAAGAACAAACAAAAGGAAUACAACCUAGAGGAGGUUCUAU